AUGGACGUGGACGAAAUUUUAGAACUGAAUUUGAACAGUCUCAGGGAGAAACUCACAGCUUUAGGGUUACCGACUAGAGGGCGGAAAGGUGAUUUGCAGGACGCACUUUUAGAACACUUCGGUCAUUCUAGAGUUUCAGACAAUAAAGUGAGUCUAGACUCGCAUGAGGGUUGUGAAGAUAGAUCCGUUAAGGUACAAAUACCGGUUCAGAAUUUUUGUAGUCUUCGCGAUAUCGAAGAUGCACUGUCAUCAUUCUCAGGGUGCGGGCAACCUGACGUUAAUCAGUGGUUGCAGGAGUUUGAGGAUAACGCAGCUGUCGUCAAUUGGAACGAACUGCAGAAGUUUAUUUACGGAAAGCAAUUACUUAGGGGUGCGGCCAAAACAUUUGUGAGAAGUCAGAGAGCAGUGAAGGAUUGGAACUCGCUAAAGUCCAUCCUUAAGAAAGAAUUCGAGGUUAAGCUGAGUGCAAACGAAAUUCAUCGUAGAUUGAAGAAUAGGCGUAAACGGGUAAAUGAAAAUUUAUUGGAGUAUCUAUACUCAUUGAUGGAGAUUGCCAGCCAGAUUAAUAUGGACGACGAGAGCAUCAUCGAAUAUUUUAUUGAUGGUAUUCCAGAUACACGUGCUAAUAAGCAGAUUUUGUAUCAAGCUCGUAAUUUGGAAGACCUUAAGGAGAACCUGCGCAUUUAUGAGAAGUGUAGGGGAUCACAACACAGUAUAGGCAGCAGACCAUUCACACAGUCCUCGCAAGAUAAAGGUUCUACUAAAGAUGAGGCGCAAAGCAGUAGGUCGUGUUUCCAGUGUGGAAGAGUAGGGCAUCUUGCUAGGCAAUGCACGCAAUUGGCGAUUCGGUGUUUUAAAUGUAGCCAAGUCGGUCACAAGGCAUUCGAGUGUAAGCAGAUGAUACCGCGAGCGGAGAAGAAGGAAAAUCAAAGAGUAAAUGUAGUUACCGACGGCGAAGAAGAACCGAAAGCGAGGUCGGCAUUAAAGGACGCGUCUCUAUUCCGCGAAUUGCAGAUAAAUGGGUACAAGUUUUCAGCAUUGUUAGAUACGGGUAGUGAUAUCUGUGUUGUCAGAUAUGACACUCUACUCAAUAUUGGAUACGUCGAUUUAAAACCCAUAAAUAAAACGUUGCAUGGCAUUGGCAACAAAAUGUUAAAAACUGUUGGGUGUUUCCCUGCGAUUAUAGAUUUGGAUGGGGUCGAAGUAAAUAUCGAGUUCCACGUUUUUAGGGAGCGCGAUAUUUUGUACGACGCGAUUUUGGGCAAGGAUAUACUGAGGCAAGUAGACGUCGUCAUCGACGGCGAAGGGGUGAAGUUCCAAAAGAAAAUAAUUCCCGAGGAGAAACCAGAAUGUAAGGAAGUUAGCGUGAAAAGAGUGGGGAGUGAAGACUCGUAUCGCAUUGAUGAGUUGGCGAAGGAGUUUGGACAAAUCCUACAUUCUGUAUCAUGUGAGAGUGCAGGGUUGCAGGUUGAACUCGAUCAUUUGCCAACUGCAACAAAGGAAAGGGUACUUAGCCUGAUUACGAGUUACAGAAGCGAGAAGAAAAAGUCAUCGCCAAUCGAAAUGAAGAUCAUCUUGUCCGAUGAGGUGCCAGAAUAUCAAAGACCGCGUCGAAUGUCAUACGCCGAUCAAUGUUUAGUUGAAAAGCAGGUAGACGAGUGGUUAGCCGACAAUAUCAUUCAGAUUAGCACGUCCGAGUAUGCAUCUCCGAUAGUACUGGUGACAAAGAAGGAUGGUACCAAACGGUUAUGCUGCGACUACCGGAAGUUGAACGAAAAAAUAAUACGUGACAAUUUUCCCAUACCAUUAAUCGAUAAUAUUCUGCAGAGGCUUCAAUCGGCUACUUUUUACUCAACGUUGGAUCUUCGUAACGGAUUUUUCCACGUACCGUUAGAGUCUACGUAG